CAGUCAGUAUUAGGCCCCAAUCCCCUGUUUUCAAGCUCUCGCGUUCGUUCUCCCUCUACUUCUUGUAGCCAUGGAGAGCCCUUCUCCGGCUUCAUGCUGGAGCAAUGUCGUCAAAUCUCAACCUGCUCCGAAGCCUCAGCAUCAGACUCCUACCUCCACCGUCCAAGUAUUCGCCGACAGCUGCAAGUCCAGUCAAGGCGUUGCUGUUGCUGUUGUUGAUGCCAACGCCAUCAUUCAAGGGGGAGAAAAGCUCUCCACCUGCGCGGACAAAUUUGUUUCCGUUCCUGAGGUUUUGGAUGAGGUUCGCGAUCCCGUAUCUCGCCACAGACUUGCCUUUGUCCCCUUCACUCUCGAAUCCAUGGAUCCUUCCCCCGAAGCUCUCAAUAAAGUAAUCAAGUUUGCAAGGGCAACUGGUGACUUACAGACCCUUUCAGAUGUUGAUAUUAAACUUAUUGCCCUCACUUACACGUUGGAGACUCAGAUCCAUGGGACCAAACAUCUCCGUGAGUGUCCGCCCCCUGUCCACAUGGUUAAUACAAAGAGGUUACCUGAGAAAGACUUGCCUGGGUGGGGCUCUAACGUUCCUAAUCUGGAAGAGUGGGAAGCAUUAGAGCAAGAUGCUGAUGCUCCGCUUGAUACCACAUCAAAGAUCCUUCCUUUGCAGGAUUUAAACCUUAACAUAGUCCCUUCAGGUGGCCAAUCCGAAGAUCUUUCAUUAGAGCACAAGGAUGAGCAUAACUCUGAGCAUCAAGAUGAAACUGAGAGUGGUUCAAGAAGAUCGAGAAGAUAUCCUCCAAAGAAAAAGGAAAUUAAUAUCGAAGGGAAGAAAAUGGUGGCUGAUGGAAUUGAUGCAUCUCAGGGACAAUAUGAUGAUAAUGAGGGUGAUUGGACACCUGCUGUCAGUCGGAGUACUCAGAGAAGAUAUCUUAGGAGGAAAGCCCGGCGUGAAUAUUAUGAGGCCUUAGCUGAAAAGGACAGUCAGCAAGAUGUUGAAACCACAGAAGGUGAUGUCCUAGUGGAAAAUAACAGAUCAGGUCAAUCACAGGAUCAAAUCUCGGAACCAAUUACCGGAAAUGGGAAUGACUGUCAGAUAGCAGAAGGGACAAACAACAAUGAAAAUCUCUCUGAAAUUUUGAAUCAGAUGAGGUUGGAAGAAGAUUCAUUAAAUGCUUUUCACAUGGAAGGGCUUGGCGCUUUGAAAAAAGAAGAAUUGGACACAAGUGAGGUGGAGAAUAUUGUAGCUGUUGAGGGUAUGAACGAUACAGCGAAGGAUGAGAUGGAACAUUUAGAAUACUCAAGUCAGACUAAUGAAAGUGUAGACACAUCAAAUAUAGAUGAUAUUAGCAGUGAUCAGAGUUGGAUGCUGAGAUCCUUGUCUGAAUCAAGCGUAGCUUGUGUAACUGGUGACUUCGCAAUGCAGAAUGUUCUUUUGCAAAUGGGUUUACGUUUGUUGGCUCCAGGAGGAAUGCAGAUCCGCCAACUGCACAGGUGGAUUUUGAAAUGUCACGCCUGCUACAAUGUCACAGCUGAAAUUGGAAAGAUCUUUUGUCCCAAGUGUGGAAACGGUGGAACUUUGCGCAAGGUAGCUGUUACAGUUGGCGAGAACGGAGUUGUGUUAGCUUCCCGUAAGCCAAGGAUUACUCUCCGUGGCACAAAGGUAGUUUCUCUGAUUGUAUUGUCCAGUAGAAGAAUAACUAAUUUCGUUUUCAAAUGUGCCUUUUCCUUUUAUGUACAGUUUUCACUUCCUCUACCCCAAGGUGGAAGGGAUGCCAUUACCAAGAAUCUUGUUUUACGUGAAGAUCAACUACCGCAGAAGUUCCUUCAUCCCAAGACCAAGAAGAAAGUCAAUAAACAGGGAGACGAUUUCUUUGCCGUGGAUGAUUUCUUCAGCCAUCAUAACACUGAUAAGAGAGCUCCUUUGCAGCCUCCCGUAAGGCAAGCUCUGGCAGUUUUUAGCGGGAAGAGAAAUCCAAACGAUAACCAUUUCUCUCGGUCUCAUCAUAAAUAGACUGUUGUUUAUGCAUUUGAUUUUCAAUGCUGCUUUCAGAGUUUCCAAUUUUGAUGAAUAUCUUAUGUGAUUGAGUAUAGUUAUUGUAUUCAAAUUAAAGAGCUUACAAUGAGUGCAAUUUUGCCCUGAAUUUUCUUCAAAA